GUAGCACCAGCUUCCGGUUUCUGUACUUCCAACAUGGCUAGUCGAAAAAGCCCGGAGAAGUGCAAAGAAGGAGCCGACAAAUACUCUGUUUUGUUACCCACCUAUAACGAGAGAGAGAACCUACCUUUAAUCGUGUGGCUGCUGGUCAAGUACUUUGGUGAAACUGAGUACAACUACGAGGUGAUUGUAAUUGAUGAUGGAAGCCCAGACGGGACUUUGGAGAUUGCCGAACAGUUGCAAAAGAUCUAUGGUUCAGAUAAAAUUGUUUUGAGACCCAGACCAAAGAAACUGGGAUUAGGAACAGCCUACAUACAUGGGAUGCAGCACGCUACUGGAAACUACAUUAUAAUCAUGGAUGCUGACCUUUCCCACCAUCCCAAAUUUAUUCCCGAAUUUAUCAGACGACAGAAAGACGGUAAUUAUGACAUUGUGUCCGGGACUCGAUACAGUGGAGAUGGAGGUGUGUAUGGCUGGGAUCUAAAAAGAAAAAUUAUCAGCCGAGGAGCAAACUUCAUUACACAGAUACUGCUGAGACCAGGUGCGUCCGAUUUGACUGGCAGUUUCAGGCUCUACAGAAAAGAAGUGCUUCAAAAACUGGUGGAAAAAUGCGUCUCCAAAGGAUAUGUGUUUCAGAUGGAGAUGAUUGUUCGAGCAAGACAGCUGGGAUACAGCAUUGGAGAGGUUCCAAUUUCGUUUGUUGAUCGUGUUUAUGGAGAAUCCAAACUAGGAGGGAAUGAAAUUGUCUCCUUUGUUAAAGGUCUGCUAACACUGUUCGCCACGACAUAGAUCUGUGCUGACUGGCCCUGGAUAAAGCACUGUCAUUGUUUUGUUUGUUUUUACUUGGAACAUUUUGAGUAAGCAAAUCAUUUUGAAAGUGACUACAGCAAACAAAAGCACAUGGUUAGAAUUUUUUACUUUCUUAAAAUGUAUCGAAUAACCAAUAAUGCUAAAUAACCAUGUAUUCCAAUAAAAUACCAUUUAAUGCA